UAUCUUUAGCCCCGCCGCGGAUUAACAGUGCGCCGCCGCUCGCUGCUCAUCCCUGUCCUCAUCCCCCUCAACCUCAAGCUCCCUCGCGUUAUUUAUUUAUUUAUUUUUUUAACAAGCAGAAGCGCACGAGCGCCCCGGACAUGGGGGAAUGACAACGACACCCGCCGGUCCACCGUCCCCUGAGAAGACCCAAGGAUGCCGCCGCCGCCGCUGCCCUCCAGCCCGCGGUCCGGACGCCUGCGCCGGGCCUCGGUACCGCCGCUGCUGGCGCUGCUGCCGCUGACCGCCGCGCUGCUGCUGAGUGUCGUCCCGGCCGGCAGCGGCUUCCCAGCUCACAAUAGAUGCCAUGAAGACUGUGCCAAACAGAGUCGCCAAAACUGUCCGCCUGGCUCUUCGUACUGUGGUUCCUGCUUCCGCCUCUUCGAGGAGAACGAGCAAGGACGCUGCGUGCUGAAGAGCCGCCACAAACACGGAAAAGUCGUAUCUUACACCGACCUGGAAGGAGAAAUCGAUUUCCUUCACUCCUACAUUGAAAACCAACAGAAGUCGAUAACGAACGCCCCCAAAAAGGAGUUCAAACAUCCUCCUGCCGCCAUCAAUCUCCAAGCUAGUGUUGGAAACAGGAGGACGGACGACUCCAGACAUUCCCAGAGGACCCAGGACAGAGUCUCCAAUGGAUCCGCCACCGCAGCCCCUCGACCUGCUGCCUCCGGGCCCCCGAACGCCCCCACCCCCCAACCCAGGGCCACCGGCCGGACGGGCCCCAUUGCCGCGCCAGCACCCAGCAGCAACGACAGCAUCAUUGUCAUUGUGAUCUCGUUGUGUGUGGUGGUCGGCUCCGUGGCCGUCAUUAUGGCUACGGUCUGUAUCGUCAAGAUGCAGAGAAAUUCCCGUCUUGCUGAGAAGGUGGAUUACCCCGCUUUUAGAGGGACAGACGCUCCUGCUCCCACAGCCAACGGCGCUUCGAUGGGAGAUAAGACUCUGGCACAGAGUGCUCAAAUGUAUCACUAUCAGCAUCAGAAACAGCAGAUGAUCUCAAUGGGGAAUCACAAGCCUGAACAGAAAGUCCCCGACACCGACGUCACAUCAGAUGAAGAAGAAGUGGGAGGGGACUUCACGGUGUACGAAUGCCCCGGACUCGCACCGACUGGAGAGAUGGAGGUGAAGAACCCACUGUUUGAUGACUCAACCUUACAAUAUCAGGGGAAUCAAAAGUGAAUGCUGAACACUUCACACACACACGCAAGCCAUUUAUCUGGAGAAAAAAAAAAUCUCAUUGCAUGCUAAGAAAUGAGGGAUUUUGUCAGAGGAUGAGCUGAUGAAAAUGACGAUUCUCUCAUCUGCCCUUUACCUACAUCUGCCCCAGUAUGACUUUUAAUACUUGUGAUGUAUAACAGGUUACUUGUUAAUUUAUUUCUGUCUUUUAAUGUACGAUUUUUAGUCCUGCUAGCUUGCUAGAUUUUGUCCUUUAUAGCUGUUGUCCCGUUCAGACUCCGCGUUUCACUUCUCUUUCUUACUUUUCCUACAUUUCUGCAGCUGUUUCCAAAGAAUGUGAUACAAUCUGCCACACAGGUACAUUUACGUAAGGUCAAGCAAAUAAAAGGUUCCCUUCCUUGUUUUGUCAUGCAAGACGAGUUUCAAAAUCACAUUCCUCAGAUCCCCAGAAACUAUUUUAAGUAUUCACCUCCAGUUACCUCUGUUCCCGAACACACCACAAGGUUAAGCAUUGAAAAUGUUAUCGCUGCUGUUGCUGAUUUCAUUUUUUUUUUCUCCCCUCGAAUCACAUAUAAGCUAAACAAGAAGAUUAAAGAUUAUUGAAUGUAGAUAUCUUUAUUAUUGAUGGGAAUGAAGCGUUUGGUGGUGUCUGUUGCAUGGUUUGACUGUCCCGUGUUUGAAUCAUGGCAAUGCUUGGAUGAAUUAUCCUGCCUCCUGUGUGUAUGCAUCUUAUUGCUGCAGUAGCAGUGUACAGCAAAAAAAAAAAAAAAAGUAACCUCUGAGCACUCGGAGCGAGAUCUUUAGAGAGGAGUUC